UGGGAGUGCAUAUCAGCACAGAAGAGAAGAUGGCAGACUUGGAAAACAUGCUUCUUGAGGCAGCUGGAAGGACUAGUUCUCCAGUGAGAAAGAGGCACAAGGGUCGGAACUCAAAGGCGAAACGUGAGGGUGCAGCAUUCUCCGAUGGUGGAAGUGAUUCGAGGGAGGAAGACUCUGAUGAGGGUGCAGGCAAGAGGCCACAGAGGUAUGCAUCACAUGUUCCGCUGAAGAAGAGGUUGGACCUCAGCAGAAGAGGUAGUAGUAGUAACAGUGUUCGGAAAGAGCAAGGCGGGGGUGACAUGGAGGAUGGAGUUCCUGAUAGAGAUGGUGGCAGCAGUGAAGAAUCUGAUGUUGGCAGUGAUCUCUACAAGGACGAUGAUGACAGGCAGAACCUCGCAAAGAUGACAGAACUUGAAAGAGAGAUGAUUUUAACUGAUAGAGCAACUAAGAAAUGUGAAAAGGAGUUCAAAGAGAAAAUGAGAAAGAAGAGGGAAAACAAAAGUGCAAAGACUGCUGCACAAUCAUCUCAUCAUCCAUCAUCUAGUAAGGUUCGUUCCUCAGCUAGACAUGCUGAGAGGACAGCUUCCAAGGGAGAUGUGCUAAGCGAAUUGCGUGCAAAAAGGAUGAAGCAACAAAUCUUAGACCCUCAUGAUAAAUCAGGAAAUGCUUCAGGCUCAAUUAGCAAGCAGAAACCCGGAAUCACAGCAAGUUCAAGUAGCUCUAGCCAGAGUGAGAGUGUAAUUCGUUCUGACAGUGAAAGAGACUCAUCUGAUGAUGGUGGAUUGGGGGACAGUGAUGAUGACAAGAACAUGCAUGAAUCAGAGAUGCCAACAUUUGAAAACAUAAGGGAAAUUACAAUUAGGAGGUCAAAGCUUGUGAAGUGGUUGAAUGAACCAUUUUUUGAGGAGUUAAUUGUUGGCUGUUUUGUGAGAAUUGGCAUAGGAAAGUCUGAGAGUGGACCUGUCUAUAGGCUUUGCAUUGUGCAGAGAGUUGAUGGGGGUGACCCAAAUAAGCAUUACAAGGUAGAGAAUAGAGUUACUCACAAGUAUCUAGUUUGUGUGUGGGGCAGUGAGAAUUCUGCUAAAAAGUUUCAGGUGGCUGUGGUUUCAGAUUCUGCACCAUUGGAGAAAGAGUUCAGACAGUGGGUUAGAGAAGUUGAGAGAACUUGCAGCCAGAUGCCAAGUAAGAUGAGUGUGUUGGAGAAGAAAGACGCCAUAAGAAGAACAAGCACGUAUGUUUAUUCGGCUGCCACAGUGAAGCAGAUGCUAGAGGAGAAAAAAUCUGCCCCUUCUAGGCCACUGAACAUUGCAGUGGAGAAGGAUCGUUUGAAGAACCUGUUGGAGUUGGCAAAAAGUAAGAAUGACGAGGCAGAAAUCAAUAGGAUCUUCACAAAGCUAGUGGAAUUGGAAGCAUCUCGUAAGAGCCGGGAGAAUGAUGCUAAGGCUUUGAGGCUUGCUGAGAUGAACAGGAGGAACAAGGUUGAGAACUUCAAGAACUUGUCUGAACAUAAACAGUUGAAUUUGAAAGCUGGAGAGGCAGGCUAUGAUCCCUUUUCGAGGAGGUGGACGAGGUCGAGGAAUUAUUAUGGGAAAGAUGCUGAGAAGACUGAUGAUAAGGAAGAAGAAAAGGAUGGUGAAGUUGGUAAGGAGGAAGAAAAAGGUGUUACACCAAAGGUUGGUGUUGAAGUCACUAAAUUGGCAUUGCAAGCUGCUGCUAAUGCAGGGAAGUUGACUGAUACCAAUGCUCCUGUUGAUGGUGGAACAGAAUCAAAUAUGCUGCAUGAUUUUGACUUGCCAAUUUCUUUAUCUGAACUUAAGAGUUUUGGUGGACCACAGGGACUCAAAAAUGGGUUUCUGGCAAGGAAACAAAAAAUAGAAGCAACAGUAGGGUGCAGGGUCCCUGAGAAUGAUGGUAGUAGGCAUGCUCUCACAUUAACCAUAAGUGACUACAAGAGAAGAAGAGGACUUCUCUGA